UUCCUCGCCAGCCCCCUCCUCACUUCCCGUCCGGCGCGGCCGCUCGCUUCCCGCGCCGCGGGCCUCGGGGCGCACGGAGCCCGCCGGCCGCCGCGGAGCUGGAGGCGGAGGACGCAGAGCGGGAGGAGCCGGCGGGGCGCAUGCUGGGCGGGGGUCCCCAGGGCGCCCCGGCCGGUGGCGGCGGGGGCCACCGCGCAGGCAGCGAAGAUUGCUUACCACCGGCAGCGUCUUUUCGGAGGAGGCGGCUGGCACGGAGGCCGGGCUACGUGAGAAGCGCAGCUGGGCCCCGGAUCGGGUUCCUCUCCCCGCCAGUGGGCGCCCUGUUCCGGGCCCAGGGAGGGGCGCGCGGUGAGGAGUCCCACCACGCUGAGUCCAGUGCCGGGCCGUGUGGCCUUGACCCUGGAGGCCAGUGGCGAGGUCCCUCGGUUGGGAACCCCGUUCCCAGGAGCACAGCAGCCUCGGCUCUGACUUCCGUGGGCUACCGAGGCCUGGCUCUGGUGGCCGUGAGAGGAAGCCCAGGGCUCUUUGGGACUCAUCCCAGGGCUGGCACCACCCUGCCCAAGAGACUCCCCAGACCCUGUGGCCCCUGGGACGCCGGGCGUCCGGGGGAGCUGCCACCCAUGGACACUCAUGAGGCCCCAAGCCCUCGCCGGGAAGCAGCCUGGACCAAAGGCCGUCUGUCCCCGGAGGAGGUGAGGGGCACCAGCGGCGGCCUCGGAAGUGGCCCCGAGGCCCCCUCCACCCCUGCCGGCUCCCAGGACGUCUUCACCUCCAGCUUUAGUUUCAUUCGCCUCUCCCUGGGUUCUGCUGGGGAACGGGGCGAGGCAGAAGGCUGCCCGCCAUCCAGAGAGGCCGAGGCCCCGCGUCAGAGCCCCGAGGAGACGGAGGCCAAGGCCGCCAGCUCGGACGGACCCCGCGGGCACCCUCGGAUCCUCUCCUCCCCCUUGGCUCUCAAGGCUCCUCAGGGCCUGGCAGACGCCGCCCAGACCUCAGGGGGCGGCCCCAGGCUGGAGUGCGAGCCGCUUCCUUUGUUGGACACGGAUGCCACCUCCUCCUGCGCCGCGGAUCCCUCGUGGUUUGAGGGCGGCAGCCCGGGGGAUGCUCACCGUUGGGACCCUCUGCUUGGCAGAUGCAAGCUGGCACUGUCGCACUGCCUGCAGGGCCAGCAGCGGCGGCUGGAGGUAAAAUCCUUAAGCUUAAAGCUUCAGAAACUUCAAGAAAAAGCGGUUGAGGAAGAUGAUUAUGAUAAGGCUGAGAUGAUCCAACAAAGAUUAGAAGCCCUGGAGAAAGAGAGAAGCAGCCUGCACUUUCAGCUCCCUUCGCAGCAGCCGGCCCUCAGUGGCCUCCUGGGCCACCUGAGGGCACAGGCCCAGGCCACCCUGCACCGGGCAGCCCAGAGAGCUGGCAGUGACGACACCCAAGCCCAGCUCAGAACGGAGCCGAAGAUGUUGGAACCCACCGCUCAGGACAACCUGCUUGUGUCCAUCACCAGGCGAGACUGGCUCCUCCAAGAAAAGCAGCAGUUACAGAAAGAAAUCGAAGCCCUCCAAGCCAGGAUGUCUGUGCUGGACGCAAAAGAUCAACAGCUGAGAAGGGAAAUAGAAGAGCAGGAGUGGGUCCUCCCAUGGCAGGGCUGCGACCUCGUGGGAGGGCUGUCCCUGGGCGAGCUGCAGGAGCUCAGCAAGACCUUGCAGGACACCCUGGCCUUGGCCGAGCAGAUUCCCGUCCGUGCAGAGCCACCUGAAACCAUCAGGAGCCUCCAGGAAAGGAUAAAACCCCUCAACUUGUCACUUAAAGAGAUCACUGCGAAGGUGUGUAUGAACGAAAGACUCUGCAGUGCCCUGAGGAAGAAAGUUAACGAUAUUGAAACCCAACUGCCGGCGUUGCUUGAAGCCAAAGUGCUCGCCAUCUCAGGAAACCAUUUCUGUACAGCCAAGGAGCUCACGGAGGAGAUUAGAUCAUUAACAUCAGAGAGGGAAGGGCUGGAGGGACUUCUCCACAGACUGUUGGUGCUGAGUUCCAGGAACGUCCAGAAAUUGGGAAGUGUUAAAGAAGAUUACAGCAGCCUCAGGAGAGAACUGGAUCAGGGGAAAACUGCCUAUGAAACCAGUGUGAAGGCGAAUACUAUGAAGUACAUGGAAAUGCUUGAGGAUAAACUGCACAGCUGCAAGUGUCCACUGCUUGGAAAAGUGUGGGAAGCUGACUUGGAAGCUUGUCGGUUGCUUAUCCAGAGCCUGCAGCUCCAGGAAGCCAGGGACAGCCUGUUGGCAGAAGAUGAGAGACAGACGGAUGACUUAGGGGGAGGUUCUUGUACAACAGCUCUGGCCAUCCCCCCAAGGCCCCACUCUGAAGAUGAGAGGAAGACCCCUUUGCAAGCAUUUGAAGAGUGGAAGGUGCACCUGACCCCUUCUCCUCACUGUGCUGGCAGUGAACAGAAAGAGGAAUCUUACGUCCUUUCGGCAGAACUUGGAGAAAAAUGUGAAGCCAUUGGCAAGAAGUUAUUAUACUUAGAAGAUCAACUUCACACUGCAAUCCAUAGUCACGAUGAAGAUCUCAUUCAGAGUCUCAAGAGGGAGCUCCAGAUGGUGAAGGAAACUCUGCAGGCCAUGAUCCUGCAGCUCCAACCAGCAAAGGAGGCGGGAGAGAGGGAGGCCGCAGCUUCCUGUGGGACAGCUGGUGUCCAGGAAGCACCGGCCUGAGGCGUCACAGGAUGGGGGAAGGAGGGAGUAGUGAUGCCCUCUGCCUUCAUCAGGAUCCAUGGACACUAGACAAUCUUUGUCAUUUCCUCAAGUCAUGCUGCCAUUUCCGGAAGGCAGCUGGUGCUUUGCUCACUCUUCCGUGCUGUGCUGUGCUUCCGUCAGGAGAUGGCCCUGCUUAAGCCAGCAAGUGGCCACAGUCCAGAGAACAAAGCAAAAGCACAACAUUGUGAAUUUUCUGAUUGUUAUUUCCUACAAUUUUCUGUCGAGCAUUUAAAAAUAGAUACUAUACAUAUUUUAAUAAUAAGUAUAAUUAGUUUGUUCCAGGAAUGCUUGGUUUUGCAAUGAUGGAGCAAAUUCCUGAAUGAUUUAUCAUGUCUAAAAAAUAAUUACGUACUAGUCGUAUGGCACAUGGAAUUCUUGAAUCCUUGAAUUAAUUCCAGUGAAGCAAAACUUGGAAAGAGUCAGGGUUGUCUCUAAUGAAUCCCUACUUUGAGAAGUGUCAUUUUAAAAAGCCCCACAAGGCAUCUUAACAGUCACUAACCCAAGUGUUUUGUAUUACUCAGACACCAUCAUGAAUAAUUCUGUGAGGUUAUGAUGUAUUUGAAAAUUCUGGAAGCUAAUGACUGUCUGAGUGUGCCCCAAAUAAGGGUUCUCCGGUGGCCCCAGUGGGCAGCAUGUCCAUCUCCUUGUUGAGAUGCCGGAUCAAGGCAGGUGAAUGAUGCUACAGCUCAUCUGCGGUCUGUGCUGGUGUCAGAGGCAACCAGGAAGCCUGUACAAGGCCAGGGUGAUUCCUCUGGCCACAUGACCUUCUCAGGACAAGCCCCUCUUCUUCCACUGUGACCCCAGAAGACCCAGGACUGUGUAUCCCAAAUCAUUAUAUAGGGCAGUUUCUAUCAGGGCAACAUAAGAAGAGAUCAGGGCUUGAACUUAAAAGCCACAAAACAAUAGCAAUAAAAAUCCAAGCUUUUAUGGAGACAGUCAAGACCACAGGCACAAGUGCAGGUGGGAAAUGAUGCCUUUGGGUCUGAUUUCACUGUGGCACCAUGCGAGAGAAUCAGUGAUAGAUUGCAUGGUCCUCCACGCUGAGAUGCUAGCAUCCAAAUGCCACCCAUUUAUCUUCCGCCAGCCCGAGCAUGUUCUCAGUCAGUGACACUCCCGGUUCCUUCCAACUUCCUGAAAUUUCAACAUCAAAAUGAUCUUCCUCAAAUCAGGUGAGCAUGUAUAUCAGCGGUCCCCAGCCUUUUUGGCACCAGGGACCGGUUUCGUGGAAGACAAUUUUUCCACAGCCUGGAGG